AUUUUGUGACAAUUGACAUUUGUGCAACAUAACCUUAAACCAUAAGCACAUUAGCACACAGACCUCAAGAGAAAAAUGAUGUCAGACGAGUCAGAAAAUGACGGUGUAUUUGCAGAAAGCUACGAAAACGACAUUUAUUAUAAAAAAUACAAACUCCUUCUGGACGAGUGUGCCCAGCUGCAAAAAUCAAACGAAAUUUUAGUUUUUAGGAUACAAGAAGUGAACAAAAUCGUACGGAGGAGACAGAAAGAGGUGAAAUUCUUCAGAAAGCGGCUCCAAAACAACUACGGUGAAGAUUGGGCUGUGAUUCCCAACCUUGACAUUGUGAAGGAGGAAGAAGACAGCAAAUCUGUAGCGUAUUUGAUGUUGAAAGACAAACUAAAAGACGAAAAAGGGGAAGAGCCUGUAGAAAAACCCAAACCUAGUAAGAAACCAACUAAACGAAAAAGUGGCAGAAGCGAAAAGGACCCAAAAGCGCCGAAGCGGCCUUCAAACCCGUUUUUCCAAUUCUGCCAAGAACAAAGACAGAUUCUAAUGGAACAAUUAAACGCGGAACUGAAACCUGGAGAAGCAGAACUCUCGAAACAAGAACUAACAAGACAAUUGGCAAUUAAAUGGAAAUCUCUUUCAGGAUCUGACAAAAAAGUGUAUGUGGACAUGUAUGAACGUUCGAAAGAAAAAUACGCAGCGGAAUUAUCAGAAUAUAAUAUGAAAAAAUAAUAUAAGCAUAAACAACGAA